UCCCGCUCCCAAGCCCCCCUCACUCACUGUGGCCAGCCGCCAGACGGUCAAAGCAGGCAGCCACCUCUUCACUACACCCAGCCCCAACUCGACACCGCAGUCACAGCAGCAUCUCAUGCCUUUACUUGCUCCGGGAUAAACUGCCUUCCGCCAGAACAAGUCAAGCAGCCAGAAAGGUGGAAGAAUCCAAGUGAAGAUGUUGGAAAACGGGAGGAAGGUAUUCAAGGAGGGUCUACUGGAGAAGCGGAGCGACGGACUGCUGCAGCUCUGGAAGAAGAAGCACUGCGUCCUGACCGAGGACGGCGUGCUGCUCCUGGCGCCCAAGCAGCACGACCACCAUCAGCCGCACCAAGGUGGCGGAGACAUGGGCAAAAUCAAGGAGCUGCACUUCGCAAACAUGAAGACGGUGGACUGCGUGGAACGGAAGGGCAAGUACGUCUACUUCACGGUGGUCAUGACCGAGGGGAAGGAGAUCGACUUCAGGUGCCCGCAGGACGAGGGCUGGAACGCGGAGAUCACCUUGCAGAUGGUUCAGUACAAGAACCGGCAGGCGAUCUUGGCUGUUAAGUCCACCCGACAGAAGCAGCAGCUGCUCGUCGUGCAGAUGCCCGGACAGAAGACGGUCCGCAGCUCGCCAAACGUUGCGUGACCUGCGGCGAGUCCCGCGGACAUUGGUGCCCCAUUAGCGGUUAAUUGGACACUCAGCUGGAGGACGAAUAUUGACCCGGGCUGCAUCUCCCCCCGUCGCUACACCGCCAAACUCAAUUCUCCAGGAGAACCCCUCUUCCAUAUAGUGGUUUCCACAGACCUGCACCCCGUCCCUUUUCAAUGCAGAGACUUAUUUCACAAAAGACUGAUGGACAAAAAGCAUGUGAGAAAACUACUGUAUUCUACUGUGUGCUGGGUUCAUCCCUUAUUUAUUAGAUGUGUAUAUAUAUUUUCUAUAAAAAUGUUGCUGAUGAAUCUUCAGUGUGGUUGUUGUAAGAGUGGAACGGGAAAUACUUGUUUGGCAUUUCAUGGCUUUCAAAUUGCUCAUAAGGUCCAGUGGGAAUAAUAUUUCAUAUAAAAUUUUCCAUAGGAUGGUUGCUGUAGGUUAGACACAUCAGUUCAUUAUUUAUAUAAUGUGUCUUUGUCCUUGUUUUUAUUUUUCAACUGAACCAAAGAAUGAUUUCAUUACAUUUCUAUCUUGUGCAGUGUUACACCUUUGAGUAUACUAUACUAAAAUAUGAUACUGUAUAUGAUGAGAUACCUGCACCACCUAAUUAUAAUAAGUGCUUGUAAGCUUAUUUAUUAUUUGUUACAGUACAUUGUAGUAUUUUCAUUGUGUAUAUCAGUAAUUUUUCAGCAUAUUUUUUUUGACUGCAUUCAUAGAUACAAAUUCAGUCUCUGGCUUUCACGCAAGUCUUAAAUCUGAGGAAGAUAACUUAUUAGCCCCAGUUUGCUUUCAGAGAAAAGCUUAGUUAUGGUAACAUACACAGUGGGGGUUAUUGGCGGUUUUCAGCUGAGAUGCUCCAUAGACAUUUUCACUGGUUGCAUGUCUGUUUCAAGACUUAGUGGGCAAAGACAAAUAACCACAGUUUUUCUGGCAAGGUAACAUCAAACUGAAACCCCAAAAUAAGCCCUAAAGGAGACCAAAACAGAUAACCAAAUAGAAAAAGGAUAAGCUCUUUGAUAUUUUUAUAUUUGUGGAAAUUCAGAGACACUGUCAUUGUGUUGAAGGCUCUUGGUCAAACCAGGAGAAGCUGUGUUGCAACAUAUUUUUACUUAACAGACCUCUUGACAGAUUGGUAGAAAAAGUUGAUGGUACAAAUAUGAAUUUGGAAUAAACUGUGUGAUUUUGUUGUCUUGUGAGCAGAUGAGCUAGCUAUCUUGCUAAAUGACUGUUAGCAGAGAGCUAUGAUUGAUUCCUGGCUAGCUAGCAUGUUAGAAUUUAGUUUUUCAGUCAUGUGAGUGCAACAUGUUUUGCUGUAGUGCUUUCUUUAGGUAUAGUGUACAGUAUUUCCAUAUAUUUUGGCAACAAAAAAAGGCUCAAGCCAUUGUGUAGAUUUUUUCUCCAGUAGUGUGUUAUUUCUCUUGGCUCCAAAAUGACAAGGGCUAUAAAGUUAGUAAACAAAAUAAGUAUUUAGCUACUUACCUAGGUGCUAGCCUUCCAAUAUCAUAAAUACAGUGGACUUUGUACUUUGACUUGAUUGCUCCUUGGCAAUUCAAGCUUGCCAUCUAAGUCAAGCUAAAACAGACUUGCUGGCCGAACCCACUGCAGCGUGUCAUUUUAUUUCUGUCUGUAGCAGCUCUGUCUCUGAGAAAUGUUCAAGAAACUCUUAGAUCUACAAGUUACACAUUUUAAGGCAUGAAAUGAUAUUCAGGAGAAAAUGAUCAGACUAAAUAAUUUAACUGAAACUUCUAAAGGCGGUGAUAGAUGACAUUUAGUGGAAUGUGACAGAUGUUCUUUUUGUGAUGGAGUGUUGUCAGGAAACAUUUUAUUUCUCCAUAGGUCAUGUUGCUUCCUGUUUGCUGGGAGUGUUUCCUACUGCUUUCCUCUCUUGCCAGUGUAUCAUCGCCAAACCAACACAUGCCUCCAUGCUGCUGUCAUCUCCCACACAGGGUAAUAGCUGUGCCCUUUAUCUAAUACGACUGGUGUGAUGCUUCUCUGACAUGCCUUCCCGUUGACAUCAUUACACACACAGUUAUAGCUGCGCCCUUUGUAACUACUGUCCAAUUUCUUAUUUCAACAUGAGAUCUAUUUUCAUACUGUACCUCAAAAAGAUACAUUCC